AUGGCUGCCAUUUGCCCGCCAUGGGCGGCCAGCAGCAGCCGAGUCAACAUGGCGCCCACGUUCCCGCCCGCCUGGCUAUCCUGCGGCACCUCUUGCGCAACUUUGUGGUGCCUUCUGGCGGUCAGCAGCGACAACAAUGAGACCGAUGUUCACCCACCCUCCAAAGUUGUGAUCAGGGACCGACUGCAUAUCAUGGGAAGCAUGUCGUACGGAGAGUACGUCUCCAUCUUCCUAGUCAUCGCUGCAAUUGUACUUCUUGCAUUCAGAGAUCCUUUCUUCAUGUCCGAGGGAUGGUCUCAGUGGCUCAGCGUGGAACAGGAGGUGAUGGCGGCGACAGUGGGGCUCAUGGUGGGCCUGAUGGCAUUCCUCUUCCCGACCGACAUGCUCCCCGGUGACCACAAGACGGAGAUCAUUGCCUGGGGAGACCUGCAUAAGCGCCUGCCAUGGGGAGUCAUCUUCCUUAUUGGCGGUUCAUCUACCAUCUCAGCCGCAAUGGAGAAGAACGGGGUCUACGACCUAAUUGAAGAGAAACUGCUCAACCUUACGCUGAAGCCUUCAUACCUCCAGUACUUUGUGGUCAUCAUCAUUGCCUGUGUUGGGGAGCUCACUAUGUACAAAAGUAGGAUCGCCCACUUCAUCAGAACUGGAGCCAAACUUAUUGUUCCUGGCUUCAUCAUCAAGACAAUUUUGGCUCUCGUCUACAUAUCUCUUGUUCGCUCCAGUACAUUUUCUGCCUUGCAACCGGCACACCCAUACAUCCCAGGAAACGCAAGUUGGGGUAUAGUUGCUCUAACCCGUUACAAUGAUGGACAGCCUGAUGAAUGA